CUCUUGUCAACACUUCUACACCGACACAGUUUCCAGCAAUGGAAAACGCCAUAUUCAAGGGGGACAACAACCCCAACGCAAUCCCAGUAUGGGGCGUGUUCGCCAUCUUUGCAGCGCUCAUCGUCCCCCCCAUGACACUCUUUGUCCUCUUUGCCCACCGCAUCGAGACGCGCCCGAGCAGGCAUCGCACAGCCACCCUCCUCGUCCUCGGCGACAUUGGAAGGAGCCCGCGUAUGAUGUACCACGCCGAGAGCUUGGCCAAGGCCGGCUGGGACACCUAUGUCAUCGGAUAUGGCGACACCACCCCGAUCCCAGCACUGCUCGAGACGCCUCUGGUCCAUCUGCUCCACUUGGCCAACCCACCAAAGCCGCUCCUUGCGCUGCCUUGGAUCUUGAGAGCCCCUAUUCGUAUCGUCUACCAAGUCAUCUCGGUCAUCUACCUCGCCAUCUUCAAGGUCCCGUGCAACACCCAGAUCCUUCUGGUCCAGAACCCACCCUCUAUCCCCACCCUGCUCCUCGCUCAGCUUAUUUGUGGUACAACGCGCUCAAGGCUCAUCAUCGACUGGCACAACACGGGCUACUCGAUCCUUGCCAUGCGGCUUGGUGAGAAGUCGCCCUUGGUCCGCAUCGCCAAGUGGUUCGAGCGCACUUUCGGCCAGGACGCAUACUGCCACCUCUUCGUCACACGUGCGCUGGAAGAGUUCCUUGUCAAGGAGUGGCACCUUCGCGGCCGCACUGCUGUCCUGCAUGACCGCCCACCAGCGCAGUUCCGCCGCACCGAGAUGAUCAACCGCUUAGAGCUGUUCAAGCGCAUCACUCCCGAGGUCCAGCCGCCUCUUCCCGACUUCAUCAAUACCAAGGAUAUCAAGAAGACUGCCUUCACCGAGCUGACGCCCUCGGGCACCGUCGAACUUCGCCCCGACCGCCCUGCCUUCCUCGUUUCAUCUACGUCAUGGACCGCUGACGAGGACUUCUCUUUGCUACUCAAGGCGCUGGACAUCUACCAGAAGGCCAAGACGGCCGGCGCCAAGAAGCUCCCCGUCGUCGUCAUGGUUAUCACAGGCAAGGGCGCGCUCCGCAAACAGUUCGAAGCCGAGGUUGCCAAACGCGAAAACUCGGGCGCCUGGCCUGACGUCGUUGUUCGCUGCCAGUUCGUCUCAGCCAAGGACUACCCCAUCCUCCUGGGCAGCACCGACCUCGGCGUCAGCAUGCACCAGAGCAGCUCAGGCCGCGACCUGCCCAUGAAGGUCGUCGACAUGUUUGGCUGUGGUGUGCCUGUUCUCGCCCGUGGCUUCGCCUGUAUCGACGAACUGGUCAAGGAUGGACGCAACGGCCGCAUCUUCAACACUGCCGAGGAGCUGGGCGAGCAACUGAUCGACACGCUCGAGAACUUCCCCGAAGCCGACAAGCUCAACCACCUCUCGUCGUUCUUCGAGGCGGCGGCAAAGCCCAAGGCGGGGUCCAGGCUGAGCCGCUCCUCGCCCGACGGCGGCGAGACCGAGUGGUCGACGUGGGAUCAAAACUGGGACGUUGUGAUGAAGCGCAAUGUCCUCGAGUUCAAAAAGUAGCCGGGUAGCCACAUCUGUAUAGGAU